GCUACUGCUGCUGCUGAGAGAUCCGGCCGUCCCCUCCCCCUCCCCCUCCCCCUCCCCCGCCGCCGCCGACGCCGACCGUCGCCGUUCUCGCGCCUCCCCCCACGACGCCGCCGCGUGGCGCGGCUGGCCUCGCUGCGCCGUCGACAUGUGGAUGUUCUGGCGCAGCCGGAACCGCUUCUCCCUCGAGGAGCUCCGGUAUCUAACAGAUCAGCUACAGAAGGUUCAUAUUGUUUAUGAAGCUAAUAAGGAUUUUGUUGUUGAAGCACUGAGAUCAAUUGCAGAAUUGAUGAUAUAUGGAGAUCAGCAUGAUCCAGCAUACUUCGAAUUUUUCAUGGAGAAACAAAUCAUGGGUGAGUUUGCUCGUAUUUUGAGAAUUUCUAAGCUGUCAAGAGUGUCUCUACAGUUACUACAGACAAUGAGUAUCAUGAUCCAGAAUUUGAGGAAUGAACAUUCAAUAUACUAUAUUUUCAGCAAUGAGCACAUCAACUUCUUGAUAACUUUCCCAUUUGAUUUUCAAAUUGAUGAGAUGCUAUCAUAUUACAUAUCCUUUCUACGGGCAAUAAGUGGAAAAUUGAACAAGAAUACAAUUUCUUUGCUCGUGAAGACAAAAAAUGAUGAGGUCAUUUCCUUUCCUCUUUAUGUUGAGGCCCUGAAGUUUGCUUUCCAUGAGGACAGCAUGAUUCGAGUUGCUAUACGUACGUUGACGCUUAAUGUGUACCAUGUUGGAGAUGAAUCUGUCAACAGAUUUGUUUCACAUGCACCACUGUCAGAUUAUUUUUCAGACAUGGUCAAUCAUUUUCAGAAACAAUGCAUUGACUUGGAUAGGUUGGUUCUUUGUUCUGUUCGGACUGCAGAUUCUGCUGUGCCAACAGCCUCUGUUGAAGAUGCAAUCGUGCAAAUUGAAGAUACACUCUAUUAUUUCAGUGAUGUUAUGUCUUCUGGGAUUCCUGAUCUUGGAAAAUUUAUCACUGAAAAUAUCCUGCAACUUUUGGUAUUUCGAUUCUUGCUCCCAUCACUGCAAAGGCAAAAAACUGAUUUGGGUAUAAGUGUCACUACUUCCAUGUACUUGAUUUGCUGUAUACUUCACAUUUUUAAGAACAAGGAUAUGGCAAGCACUGUUGCUGCUUCUCUUUUCCAUCAACCUGAUUGCCCUGACAGGAAGCAAGGGACACCUAACGGUUAUACCUCUGAGCAUGAUAAUGGCAUAUCUGACAAUCAGGGCACUAGCAUCUCAGAUAUGGAUCAGCCAAAUGAAAACAAACUGGAUUCCUUGUCUUUAUCAUGUUUGCGUUGCUUGCCUGAUGAUUCAUCACCAAGUGAUUGUUGCGAAGGCAGUACACUUAGGGAACACUUGUUGUCAUAUAUUACAAGUGGGGAUGACUUCCAAGCUUUAGGUUCUUUGUGCUUAUUUGCUACAUUGUUGCAGACAAAAGAACUUGAUGAAUCAAUGCUAGAUGCGCUUGGGAUUCUGCCUCAAAGAAAGCAGCAUAAGAAGCUUCUAUUACAAGCUUUGGUAGGUGAAGAUCUAGCUGAAAGGCAGUUAUUUUCAUCUAGUAGCGGUCUCACAGAUGAUAGCACCUGCAGUGAUUUUGAUAUUUAUGUAAGAAAGCUUCAGGAUAACUAUGGUUUGAAGUGUCAUCAUCCACGGCCAAUGACCUCUAAAUUCCACAGAUACCAGGUGCUCGAUGCAUUAGUUGCCCUUUUCUGCAGAUCUAAUGUAUCUGCAGAUGUUCGCUUAGUUGGUGGCUGGCUUUUCAGGCAAUUGCUGCCCCAUGGAGAAGAAGAGUUCACUGCUUUUCACCUAAAAUGGCUAAAGGAUUCACAUAAGGAUAGCUGUACAAAUCUUUUGGAUGAAUCUGGAGGAUGCUGGCGGGACUUGCUUAUUCCUAUUGUUAAAGAAGCCUGGAAGAAUUGCAAGAAAGCAAUCGAGGCAUCUUCACCACCUAAAGGAUCCAAGUCUACUAUUUUACCGUUGGAUUCAUGUUCAUUUGGAGGUGAUUCGUCAAUUGCUAUGGCAGAGAGAAUCUAUGAGAUGGUCAAGGGUUUUGUGCUACAACAUCAAGUUAUCCUCUUCUGCCUUGGAGAAACUCUCACUGAUCAGCCUCCUAUUUACUCUCCAAUUGAUUCUCCUGUAAAUAAUCGAGCAACUUUAGCAGGUUUUGAUGCCUCAAUUCCCAAGCCUGGGCUUGAAGUCAACUUAGUUGAUGCGGUUCCUUGUCGAAUAGCAUUUGAGAGGGGCAAAGAACGCCACUUCUGCUUUUUAGCUCUAUCUAAGGGAACAUCUGGGUGGAUUCUUCUUCUAGAAGAAUUACCUCUCAAGGAAAAACGUGGAAUUGUUCGUGUCACAGCUCCCUUGGCUGGGUCUGAUCCAAAAAUAGAUGAAAAGCAUGCAAAAUGGUUACAUUUACGGAUCCGUCCUUCUACAGUUCCCUUUUUGGAGCCAGAAAAAUAUAAAGGGAAGACAAAAAAGUAUCUUGUUGAUGGAAGGUGGAUCCUUGCUUUUAGUGAUGAGCAAUCUUGUAAGGAAGCAGAGACUAUGGUUAUGGAAGAGAUGAAGCUCCAAGAAGAUGUUGUUAGAGAACAGUUGAAGCUAUUGGUUGAGUUUGACAUGCCUGAGGAUGGAUUGCAGCAUCCUUGUUCCUCUCGUGAAGCCACUUCUGAUGAUGGGUCAUGACUUGCUGAACAUCAUCGAUGAUGGCUCAUGACUUACUAGUGAUUUCAUCAAGUACAAUGCUGAGCUUUGAGAAAAUGGUGGCAGGAAAACCCCCGUCGCGGCCAUCUCCGACGAGCAAGUCGUCACGCUCUGUACAUUACAUCAGCAGAUUUAGGGAGAUCCCCUUGUUGACACACUUGUAGAGUUUCAACUAUUUUGAGUUACGUUAGUGCGAUAGGAUUCUUUGUACAUUAGUCUGUACCUGUCUUUUGCAAUGCUGUACAAAUCACAAUCCAUUCUUUCAUAAGCUUCAGGGCAGAGUUAGGGCUGUGUACACUAAUUGUUUGAAGACAUGUGCAGGCAAUCAUAUCUGUUGUCAAAA